AUGCUGAGCGUAGUCCUCUGCCCCAGGUCGUUGGCCAAUUCUGCCCAUUACUGGCCUCUUCACAUGCUCCUGCUGGAGCUGCAGAUGCUAGGAGUCCUGCCCAGCAUCUCCAGAUUACCACCAGCGGCCAAACGCGAGAUCAUAUUGGACGGGGACUUGGUCAUUGGAGGCCUGUUCCCGGUACACCACAAAGGCGACGGGACGGAGGACUGUGGUAAGAUCAAUGAGGAGAGAGGGAUCCAGAGACUGGAGGCCAUGCUGCUGGCGCUGGAUGAGAUUAACUCCAGCGAUCGCAUCCUUCCCGGCCUCCAGCUGGGGGCCCACAUCCUGGACACCUGCUCGAAGGACAUGUACGCUCUGGAGCAGUCUCUAGAUUUCGUCAGGGCCUCGCUCACCAAGGUGCACGACCCAGGGUUCAUCUGCCCAGACGGCUCCAGACCCAUCCAGAACGAGGUUCCGCUGGCCAUCUCGGGGGUCAUUGGAGGAUCCUACAGUGAUGUUUCCAUUCAGGUGGCCAACCUCCUGCGAUUGUUCCAGAUCCCUCAGAUCAGCUACGCCUCCACCAGUUCAAAGCUCAGCGAUAAGACCCGCUAUGACUACUUUGCCCGCACUGUGCCCCCUGACUUCUACCAGGCCAAGGCCAUGGCGGAGAUCCUGCGCUACUUCAACUGGACCUACGUGUCAACGGUGGCGUCAGAGGGCGACUAUGGCGAGACCGGCAUUGAUGCCUUCCAGCAGGAGGCCCGCACUCGCCAAAUCUGCAUCGCCACUUCGGCCAAGGUGAGCCGCUCCAUGAACCGCCAGGGCUAUGAGAACGUGAUCCGCUCUCUGCAGCAGAAGUCCAACGCCAAGGUGGUCAUCCUGUUCACCCGCAGCGAAGACGCCCGUGAGCUGCUGGUGGCUGCUACUCGCAUGAAUGUCACCUUCACCUGGGUGGCAAGUGAUGGAUGGGGAGCGCAAGAGAGCGUGGUGAGGGGCAGCGAGUCCGCAGCAGACAGGGCUUUCACCAUCGAGCUGGCCUCCUACCCAAUUAGAGAGUUCGAGGACUACUUCACCAAGCUGAACCCAUACACCAACACGAGGAACCCGUGGUUCAAAGAGUUCUGGGAGCACCGUUUUAGCUGUAGCCUCCAGGAACCUGGCUGCAGUGAACAUAGCCUACGAGACGGAACUUUCGAGCAGGAGCCCAAGAUCAUGUUUGUGGUAAAUGCAGUCUACGCCAUGGCCUACGCUCUGCACAACAUGAGGCAAGCUGUGUGCUCCAACACAUCCAAGGUCUGUGACGCCAUGAAGCCGGGUAACGGCAAAAGGUUCUACAAGGAGUUCAUCUUGAAGACCAAGUUUGAAGCUCCAUUCAGGCCGUCGGACGGAGAGAGCAUGGUGCGCUUUGACUCUUUUGGCGACAGCAUCAGCCGCUACAACAUCUUUCAUUACCACAAAGAAGAUGGGAAGUUCAUCUACAGGAAGGUUGGCUACUGGGACCAGAACCUGACCCUGAACACCUCCCUGGUACCCUGGCGUGGCCUCGUACCACCCACUUCCCAGUGCAGCGACCCCUGCAGGAAGAACGAGGUGAAGAGCAUGCAGCCGGGAGAUGUGUGCUGCUGGAUCUGUAUCCCCUGCCAGCCCUACCAGUACCUGCAGGAUGAGUUCACCUGUGCUGACUGCAGCUUCGGCCAGUGGCCCCUGGCUAACUUGACCGGCUGCUAUGAUCUGCCUGAAGAAUACAUCCGGUGGGAGGAUGCCUGGGCCAUUGGGCCUGUCACCAUCUCCUGCCUCGGCAUACUGUGCACUCUGUCUGUAGUGGGCCUGUUCCUGAAACACAAUGAGACGCCUGUGGUGAAAGCGAGUGGACGUGAACUCUCUUACAUCCUCUUGUUGGGAGUGCUGAUGUGCUACCUUAUGACCUUCAUCUACAUCGCCAAACCCUCCACCGCUGUUUGCACCCUGCGCCGACUGGGCCUUGGCACCUCAUUUGCAGUGUGCUACUCAGCUCUUCUAACCAAGACCAACCGUAUUGCUCGUAUCUUCAGCGGGGUGAAGGAUGGUGCCCAGCGGCCGCGCUUCAUCAGCCCCGCCUCCCAGGUGGCGAUCUGCGGCGCUCUUAUCUCCUGCCAGCUGCUGGUGGCUCUUAUCUGGCUGCUGGUGGAGGUGCCAGGGGUUCGGAAGGAGGUGAGCCCAGAGAGGCGAGACGUGGUCACCCUCAAAUGCAACAGCAGGGACUCCAGCAUGCUCAUGUCACUCACCUACAACUGCAUCCUCAUCAUCCUCUGCACGGUCUACGCCUUCAAGACGCGAAAGUGCCCCGAAAACUUCAAUGAGGCCAAGUUCAUCGGGUUCACCAUGUACACAACCUGCAUCAUCUGGCUCGCCUUCCAGCCCAUCUUUUAUGUCACAGCCAGCGACUACAGGGUGCAGACCACCACCAUGUGCAUCUCCGUCAGUCUGAGCGGUUCGGUGGUCCUCGGCUGCCUCUUCGCCCCCAAGGUCCACAUCAUCCUGUUUCAGCCCCAGAAAAAUGUGGCCUCACUCCGAGUCACAGCCAACCGCUUCAGUGCCACAGUGUCUGCCUCUGCCUCCGCUCCCAGCUCCAGCUACUCUAAAGGAUCAGCCUCUAACUACGUGCCAGCGGUUUGUAAUGGCCGCGAGGUGGUGGACUCUACAACAUCCUCUUUGUGA